AUGAGUGACUCCGAGGCUUCAUCCGAAUCUGCCUCUGCCUCGCCCUCGCCUCCACCUUCUCAAGAGGCGAGUUUUCAUGGAGUCAUCAGCCUUGAGCACCUCGUACGGCACUUUGUGACCGCAAAGAAAUCAUUAAGCUCUACUACUCAUGUGUGGCGGGCAAACGAGCUCGUUACCAGUUCCCGCACUCUGAUAGAGGAGAUUGCAGUGCUCAAUGCACGUAAUGCUUUCGCCCGAAAGGGUGUCGACGACCAGAUUGACAUUCUGUAUACCCUCAAGCACGGUGUCGCGCAAGUGGGAGAGGUUGCCGCGGAUGAGUUCCAAGCUACUAUUGCUUCGCUUGACAAGGCGAACGAUCGCCUGCAGGAGAGCUUAAGCAAGCUGAGGCAGACUAUCGUUCACGCCUCGCUGCAGAGAACGCAACAAGGAGCCAACAAAACGCUCUACGACUUUAUCGACGAGACACGCCACGAAGACAUCACUGACGCCAUACGGACCUUGAUCGAUUCCUUCGACACCGCCAAAAGUGAGCUAGACAGCACUGUCAGUAUCUUCGACGACUCUAUCCGCGUCAUUCUCGACACAUUGCAGGAAGGCAACCCAGCCAACAGCGGACCACAAGCCAAACAUACACUCUACGAUGAACCACCACCAAGCGUACCUCAGCUCUUCCGGGGUCUCGAGGAGCACGCCGCCGAGAUGGCGUCCUUACUCGAAAGCUUAGUCAGCCACUAUGACCUCUGCGUGUCUGCUCUGAAGCAUACCGAAGGCGGUGGCGAAGCUGCCAAGCUGGCCAUCCAGGGCCAGGAGCUUCCCAAAAGUGUGUCAGGUAAGGAAGAAGACUCUCUGUAUCGCAAGACCGCUCCAGAACCAAUUAGCGAGACCGAGCGGAACGAUAUGCUCCGCGUGCUGAAAAGCGACGCCGCCCAAGUCGAGGAAGUGACAGCGGAGAUGAAAGACCACACCGAGGCAAUGGAGUCUCAAUACAACUUCCUGCUUAUGCACACCUCGAACGCCAGGUCCACUCACAGAGCCCUCCGCGCAGCUGUGCACCAGCUCCACAACAUCGAAACAGCAAUCCCGUCCCACCUCGCCGCCUCCCACGCCCUCCGCGAAACCUGGCACGACAUUCGCGCCUCCAUUGAAACACGCAGCCAGGAACUCGCCAGUCUGACGGAAUUCUACGACGGCUUCAUGCGAAGCUAUGCGAGUCUGCUGCGGGAGGUGGAUCGGCGCAAGGCAGCGGAGGAGAACAUGAGGAAGCUGGCUGCGAGGGCGCAAAGGGAACUCGAUCGGCUUUAUGAGGCCGAUAGGGAAGCGAGAGAGGAGUUCAUGGCGGAGGUGGAUCAGAGUUUGCCGGGCGACAUUUGGCCGGGUGCUUGGGCGGGAGGGAGAAGAUGGGUCGUGAAGUCAGUGGAUGUGACUGCGAGGGAGUGA